AUGGACAAUCAAGUUGAAAAUUUUGUUAAGGCUUGUCGUGGAUGUACCUUGGUGUCUGCUCCAAAUCCACCGGAACCGUUAGUCAGAAAAGAACUACCAACCCAGCCUUGGCAACAAAUCGCAAUUGAUUAUUUAGGGCCACUGCCGGAAGGGGAAAGUCUCCUGGUUAUUAUAGACUAUUAUAGUAGAUAUCUUGAAGUCAUUGAAAUGAACAACAUCACUACAACAUCUACCAUUAAAGAGCUACUGACUGUAUUUUCUCGUUAUGGUGUCCCGGAAAUGCUUCGCGCAGAUAACGGCCCUCAAUUCAACUCGGAUGAGUUUGAACGGUUUUGCACGGAGUAUGAAAUUAAUUUGGAACGAACAAUACCGUAUUGGCCGCAGAUGAACGGCGAGGUCGAACGUCAAAACCGUUCAAUUUUGGAAAGAUUACGUAUAGCACAAGAGUUGGGAAAGGACUGGCGAGUUGAGCUUCGGAAAUAUCUGAUGAUGUAUCAUGCUACCGCUCAUUUAGCGACUGGCAAAGCACCCAUGGAAUUGAUGUUUGGAAGGAAAAUGCGAACAAAACUCCCAGUUGUUCCAAGUAUCGCGGUUGAAUAUGAAGAAGUGAGGGAUAGAGAUUCAGUCGAAAAAGAAAAAGGUAAGCGGUAUGCAGACAAGAAACGGCGAGCUAAACUUAGCGGUAUUAAAGCUGGAGAUCAGGUCCUGGUCAAGAGAACGAAAAAGGACCACAAACUGAAUACAGAUUAUUCUCCAGAAGUUUUUGAUGUCGUCAGGAAAGAAGGAACCGAUGUCACUAUCCGCUCUACAUCAUCGGGAAAACAAUUUCGUAGAAGCGCAGCUCAUCUGAAGGUUAUUCCCGGAAACAAUAUUGAAAUAAUUGAGAACACGCAGGAAAACCAGAAUCUGAACGGAGAAGUCUCUGAAGGCGAAGUUGUUGAAAGUGCAGAACCUGAUGAAGCUGAUGAGGUUCGCGUAGAAACCAGAUCAAAGCGAGUUAGGGUAGAAUCUUCAAGGCUACAAGACUAUGUGGCGUAA